AUGGCCCAGAACGACGCAUACGACUUCCUCUUCAAGAUCGUCCUCAUCGGUGACUCUGGUGUCGGAAAGUCCAACUUGCUCAGCCGUUUCACUCGCGGCGACUUCAACCUUGAGUCAAAGUCCACCAUCGGCGUCGACUUCGGUGCAAGAACUGUCCAGGUCGAGGACGGCAAGAUGAUCAAGGCCCAGAUUUGGGAUACUGCUGGACAGGAGCGUUACAGGGCUAUUACUUCGGCCUACUACCGUGGAGCUGUCGGCGCCUUGUUGUUGUACGAUAUCACUCAGCACGGCACCUAUGAGUCAGUCUCGAGAUGGUUGUCCGAGGUCCGCGAGCACGCUGACCCCAACAUCAUUGUCAUGAUGGUCGGUAACAAGUCGGAUUUGAGACACUUGCGCUCUAUUCACACCGAGGAGGCCAAGGGAUUCGCAGAGGAGAACGGACUCAUGUUCAUCGAAACCUCGGCCCUGGAUGCCACCAACGUCGAUGUUGCCUUCACCAACCUUUUGACCGAGAUCUACAAGGUUGUGACGAAUGCUGUUCCCAGGGACGGUGGCAAGGACGAGUUGAAGGCUGGAGGCGCCUCGAUCAGCAUAACGCCUACUCCCCAGGAUAAGCCCGCCGGCAACGGAUGCUGCUAG